CGACAGCAGGCAACCGGCAAUUGAGCGCUAUAUUGCAACGACAUGUCCCGUGCCUGCGGCGCGCUGAACGGAUACUUGACCUCUUGCCAAACUCAGCAUGGCCGCUGAUUCGGCUGCUAACCUGCAGCUGUUCUCACCACCAGGCUCGGGGCGCUCUUCACCAGCACCACGAGCAACGCGCAACGCUGCAGAAGACGCUUUGUACAAGAAGGACAAGUCUUUCCGGCGUUAUGCGCUCGGCGUCGAUCGAACACUCGCCCUCUGGGACACGGCGCAGCAGGAAUGGGCCGACUAUAUCUCUUUCCUUGGGCGCCUGCUGAAGGCCCUGCAGGCGCAUCCACCCGAGACACCUGUCAUACCUCAUAGCGAUACAGUCGCACUGCGAUUAGCGCAGUGCUUGAAUCCAGCGUUGCCUUCGGGUGUACAUCAGAAAGUCCUCGAGGUCUAUGCUUACAUCUUCACCACCAUUGGAGAAGAUGCCCUUGCUCGUGACCUGAACCUCUACCUGCCAGGCCUUGCCACGACCCUCUCGUUCGCCUCGCUCUCCGUCCGUCCGCUAUUCCUCUCCAUCUUCGAGAAUCACAUCUUGAAACUCAGCGGCGAUGCGCUAAGACCUGCCCUGAAAGCCGUCAUACUGUCUCUGCUGCCAGGUCUUGAAGAUGAGACAAGCGAGGACUUUGAGCGUAUGGUGUUGGCGCUCGAUAAACUACGGAACGCUGUCCAGGAUCAGACGAAUGACAUGGCAGAUGCGAAAAGCAGUAACGGGCAUGCGUCUCAUUUCUGGCAGUGCUUCUUCCUUGCAAGCAUUACGAACGCUUCGAGACGGCAAGGUGCACUUGCCUUCCUGACUCGUCGACUACCCAGGUUUGGACAACAGGCUGGAAGUCUAUCGCUCGAAGCUGAGGCAGCUGUCCAUCCAGAACCGGGCUUGUUGAUACGAUGCUUCGAAUCGGGUCUCUCGGACCCACAACUUCUGAUUCAAAGAGGCUUCCUCGACCUGAUCGUCAGUCACCUACCGCUCGACUCUCCUGUUCUUCAGCAGAGUAUUAGCAAAGCAGACCUAGAGCGCUUGGUAGCCGCUGCAGCAAGCGUAGUAUCGCGCAGAGACAUGAGCUUGAAUCGCAGGUUGUGGGCGUGGUUUCUUGGUCCAGAACCUUCUGCUGCUGAUGCUGGCGACGGUGUUGAAUCGCCUACCCAGGAACGACAUCAGACGACGGCUGACCCGUCCACUAUUCAUGCAGCCUACUUCUCCCGAUACGGUCUGGCUGCAUUGACGACGAGUGUACUGAAAUUGAUCAACCGACGCACAAUGGCUCCCGCUGAGCGCGCACGACCAUUUCGCGUUUGUUUGUCGCUCAUGGAUCGCUGGGAAGUCGGCGGUUUGAUUGUGCCCGAGCUGUUCCUACCCGCGCUGCAGAGUGUUCACACCUAUAGCGAACAGGCAUCGAAAGAACAGGUAGACGAGGUCAUGCGAAGUGCCAGUGCAUUCUUCGAUGGUGUUGAUAGUGGCUUGAUAUGGGGCAAAUUGACUCAUCUUGUCACUUCGUCUCUAGACGGAUCAAUAACCAGCCAAGAGGCGUUACGGCAAAUGAAGCUUGCGAAGUUUGUUCUUGCUCGCUUCAAUCUCAAGGAAGAAGAUAUGCUGCUUCAUCAUAUGCCACUGAUGAUUGUUGCUACUCUGACCUCCCUUGGCGACAUCUCACAACGUCGCAACUCGCUAGCUAUCGAAGCUGAGGUUAUUGACUUGGCUCUUGAAAUAGCUGAGUCCCUUGUUCAAGGUGUACCGGAUCGGGCAUUGAGAGCUGAUCAAGCCUCGCAAGAGCCGCAAGUAGGCAAGGCCGAGGAAGUAUCGAGGAUCCAAGUUCUGGAGCAGAUAGCAGCCUUCUACGAAGACGCCCAAGCAGGACUGGAGCCGACGGACCAACUGUACGAACCUGCUUUUGCCGGUCGCAUUGCCCUGCGUCAGGCUUCACACAUGACACUCGCCACACUCCAAGCAGAUGGAUGGUCGUAUUCGCCCGAGAUGCCAUCAAAGAUCUUGGCUAAUUUAAUCGUCAAGACUCAGAACCUGGACGCAAUUGACGACUUCGACUUUGCAUCUGUUCUCCAGGACUCCCUCUCUACAUACACAUCUGUAAAGCCCGUGUCUUUCUCACACCUGGUUGCGAUCGCUGGCGUCCUCGUAGCAUUACAAGUGGGUCGCCUCUCACAGCCAUACAUCUCCCCGUCGAUUCUGUCCGGACUUUUGCAUCAGCUACUUGCCUGCUUAUGGCACUAUCUAUCACCAACAUUGCCGAAGUAUCAUGUCGAAGCUACUCUUUGUGUACUGCAGUUGCACUCAAUCUCACCAUCCGGUCGCUUGAUUGAAGCGGCCAUCGCUGCGAUGAUUGCAAAAGAAAUUCGGGAUGUUUCGACGGCUACGCUCAUUCCAGACUGCGGUCGACGCUUUGCAGUGCUCUGGACGCAUACUAUGCAUGAGCUUAGCCUUCAAUCAGAGAAACGUGGAAGUGUGACACGACGACCAAGCGGGAUGUCUUUGCCGGCUCCUACGCUGGCUCCAGCAACGUUUCAUUCAGUUUUGACAAGACCCUUGCUUUUGCUGCUGGAUACCUUGGCUGAAGAGGGCGCAGAGACUGCGACCUUUGUAAAGAGUUGGCUACUCGACCUUCCCACACUCGGUAAAGUCUUUGAAGUAUUGGCGCUGCACCUCCAGUCUCUGCAAUGUCUAGCAGCAAUCGAGUCGCUUAACCCCAGCAAGACUUCCAACUUAAGACCAAGAGCGAAUGCCGAGGAUGAUACCAGAGAAUGCUUGUACUACCUAGGACACAUCUUUCACAUGCUGAAACGACCUUCACAACUCACCUGGGCAACUCUGGCGCACACAGCUGUUACAUGGGACACGGCUUUGGAGCAUCGAAUGUCUCUCCAGGAGUGGCUCAUUCGGAAGUGUCUUGGUGCCUUGUCUAUCCAAGCUGGCAUCGCAGACGCGAUCCUCGAACCUCAUAUCCAUGAGCUACACCGGAUCGCCAUUUCUAUUAUCUCGCAGAUCUACCAAAGUCCAUUCGCCCUAACUUUGAGGGACCUAGAAGUUGAGGUACCGCUGAUAGUCAGACUCAAGACCGCAGUACCAUCAUUGCAAAGCCUCCUGCUGGGUGCAAUUCUCUCUUCUCUUCGCAUACGCGUCACUCAACCCCCAGAAGAGAAGUCACAGGAAUCAAGACCGCCACAAAAUGUCGCUCAAAGGUCAACGCUCUCGCUAGCCUUGAACAGGGAUUCAGUGGAUCAAGCACCGCCACCCGUUCCGCCUCCUUCCCAGCUUAUUGAGUGCCUCAAGUUCGGAUUCUCGUCCCCCUCCAGUCGACUUGUACUUGAUGAUUGGGUGCAGUUUCUCAUCGAGGUUUUGCCCAUGUUUGCCGACACCAUUUUCGAGAGUUUAUUGCCUCUGGUAGAAUGCUUCUGCAAAGAGAUCAAUGACACCUUCGAUCUUUUGAAGAUUACCUUUGCAAAACACGAGGCACUCGUCGGAUUUUCGCCCGAAACCACGCUCGUCUCUUUGAUCAACGGUCUCGAGCAGAUCCUUGCUAAGGCACAUGAUCGCCUGAUGAUUCAAGAGACACAGGCCUCGGCCAACAAAACACCUGAGGUUCCUCAGGGCUUCUUCAGCAAUGUAGUAUCUGGCGUUUUUGCACCGGAAGCUAAUCAGACAAGGACACCAACUGCUAAUAGUAGACUCACGGUCUUAUUAUGCUUCCAAGAUACUGUGCGCAUUUGCUUCGCUAUCUGGUCUUGGGGCGGAUUUGCACAAGAUCGUCAGGAUUCAACAUCGGCGUCGUCCUUUAGUUAUACUUCGUUGCGUAUGCGCAAUCGAGCACGACGUCUCCUCGAACAUCUCUUUGCUGCAGAAGCAUUAGAAUGCCUUGAGACUCUGGUAGUUUCCUGGGCCCAUACAAACCAAGAAGAUGCGCACGAAACAGCCGUCAUGGGUCUUCUCAACGUACUGAACGGAUCGAGGCCGAAGCUCACUAUACCAGCGAUCUUUAACGCCAUUUACAGCCGCACAGAUCCGAAUGCAUUGGAUUCUAACCGCAUGUCCACCUUGACCUCGGAUCUGUCUGACACGGAUCUUGUUGCAUUUUUAGUGGACUACACUAGAUCACUCGAGGACGACGCAAUGGACGAGAUCUGGCAGGAUUGUACGUUGUUUUUGCGCGAUGUCCUGGCCAACCCUCUGCCGCAUCGACAAAUAUUACCAACUCUACUCGAGUUCACUGCUGUGAUUGGCCAAAAGGUUGAUAAUACAACAUUUGGUGAGCAACGGAAGAUGAGGAGAGAACUUGCGGAUAUAUUCGCACGCAUCUUAACAGCGACGUUUACGACGCGCCCCAUGGGAUACGCGCAGGAUGCGAGUCACUCUAAAUCGGACGCAAAGACACUUUCGAGCACGAACAGCGUUCGUGCACAGAAGAGGGCUUCCGAAGUAGUAGCUAUACUUACGUCUAUCGUGCCGAAUCUGCCCAUCGUCCUUGCGGAUACAGAUCGCGUCACGAAGAUAGUCUCAGACAUUUCUACGUCGGUCAUUGGCCCCACAUUUCGAGCGAAGGCGUUUCCAGAAAAUGUAUCCGCCAACACCCUCGAUCUCCUCCACCAGUUGACAAAGGUCGCCCAGGGCAGCAAACUACUUAAGAAAGACAUCUACGACGCCUUCAAUGAUUCGAAGUUCUUCAAUACACCUCUCGAUCUGAUCCGGGACUCAUGGCUACCGAUACUUUCGCAGUGGACGCAAUCAGAUAAAGAACGGGUGCCAGAGCUUCUAUCACGGCUGACAGCCCCGACAACAGCCGGAAUCAUGUUCGGCGUCGGUGCUUCAUCUGCACGGCAGGAAGCUGACCGCAAAGCGCAAACCUCUUUGCGGCGAAUUUCGCUCCUCAUCCUUGCCAGCCCAGAAGACGCGUUUACACCAAACAUCCCACAGAUCCUCGAGAAGAUUGUCGAACUCCUUACAGCGACACCAUCGUCAUCACCAUCAUCCGCCACACGCGCUGAUGUCUUCGUUCUCCUACGAUCGGUCGUCCUCAAAACAUCACCUAUCCACUUAGCACCCGUGUGGCCAGUCGUGAACGGCGAGCUGACCUCUAGCCUAUCAUCGCUAUUACCAGACGUCAGCAACAGGGAACAAUACACCAGCGCCGGCAUAGUCCAGGCCUGCAAACUCCUCGACGAGCUCGUUGUACUCGACCCAGACGACUUCCAACUCAUUGAGUGGCUCUAUCUCACCGACACCAUCGACGCGGUAUACAAACCCUCAGUAACACCCGCUUUGCAGUCUCUCACCGACGAGAUCAAUGAGGUACUUAGCCAGACAUCGUCGACGCCACUCAUUACACCCGCGGCGCAAGACCUAUCUAAUGAAGAUGAGCCGCUGCGCACGCUUUCCCUAGAUCCUCUAAUCCGCGCGCUGGAGGAGGAAGAGGGCGCCAUUGUGUAUGAGAUGCCAAGGACAGAGCUGAUGGAUCGGAUAAUCAGGCCAUUCCUCGGAAACUUGGCGAUGGGUGCAUUCGAGUCACGGUAUGGUGGCGGCGAGGCGGAUUGGAAGGGCAUCUGGGAGAGUGUGGUGAGGGACGCUGCGAGCUGAUUGUAGAUAGACUCGAAGUGCACAAUUUACUUCGUCUGCACGAGAUUCCAGACAAUGCAGCAGUG